AUGUGGAGUAGUGUACCUGCCGAUCCACCUGCGCCUCCAGGAAGGACGAAACACAGCGUUACUCUUCUUGGUGGUAGACUUUACCUUCUUGGAGGUAAAAAUGGUAACAUACCAUUGAAGGACUUGUGGGCUUACAGAUUAGCUGACGGAAAAUGGCAAAAAUUAAUCCCUUCUGGAGAAGUACCACCAAGUCUUCAAGAGCACUCUGCCGUAGGUUACAAAGGACAUUUAUAUGUUUUCGGGGGUGAAGUAGGGUUUUCAAGUACAGAGACCCCUUUAUGGGUAUACAGUGUACAGGACAACAGAUGGCGAAAGGUGCGUUUCAAUAAAACGGAUCAAGCUCCUCGUGGUAGAAGAGGUCACUGUGCCCUUAUUUUUGGAGGUCAUAUGCUUCUUCAUGGUGGUUAUCAGGAUUUAAGAGGAUCUUCUGAUGAGUUAUGGGCUUUUAAUUUUGAAACUGAAACUUGGAAACUUUUGUGGCCUCGUAAAAGAAAAGGAAGUGACAAUAAUUCAUUAGUGCCCCCUCCGAGGCACAAACACAGUGCAGUAAUUAAUGGAAAUGACAUUUGGAUCUAUGGUGGUAUGACGGAUUUGCAAGAACGACAAGAUUUGUGGAAAUGGAACACUUCACGUCAAGAAUGGAGUUGCAUCAAAAAUGGCAAGAUGAGUCCAGGUCCUUUGCAUAGUCAUGCAGCUUGUAGACUUCCUGGAUCAAUGUUGAUAUUUGGUGGAGAGACUUCUGGAAAUUUAUCCAAUGACUCUUGGCGCUUUAGCUUUGGUACAGAAACUUGGGAUAAACUUUCUACGGUAGGCGUAGGUCCGCAACCGCGUUCCCAAAGUAUUGCUUUAGCAGUUUCUUCUUUGCAUUUAAAACCGGAAGCUUCUACAGCAACACCAUCAGCAUCAUCGAGUUCUUCAAUAUUAACGACGACGCCUUCCAGCAUUUGUCAAAAACCACCUUCGUAUUGCUUUCCGGGAAACAGAGUGUCUCCAUGUCCUGACGACGAUAUACCGCCUCCUCCUUACGAAGAAAGCAUUCAGAACGGAAAUAGUUCCAACACUGCAGGCGUUGGAUUUUUGAAAGAAAUCACUAAAAAUAUUCCUAAAUUUGGCGCGAGCUCCAGGUGCAACUACUCGGUUCUUCCCAGCGCUGACGACAGCACCGAAAACCUUUUAAGAACCAAUGACGAAGACGAGCCUUCUAAUCUUCCUAGAUCACAUAGCUCAUAUGCGUUUCAGCUAUGCAAAAUACCACGGGAUCAUGUUUCAGUACCAAAUUUCCGAGCCCUAUCGCCAACAACUGAAAACUCCAGUGAAACGAAUAGAAGAUUUCGUCCAAAUGGUGAACAAAGUUAUUCUUCUCAUUUGUGCGAUGGAGAUGACAUCCCAAAAUCGGCAUCUGUGCGUUUUAAGGAAACAAAACUUUCUGAAGACAACGAAACAACUUCUGACUAUGCCAGUGCAGAGACAGUUAACAGGUUGAAUGAACAAUCAGGAUUAUUUGGAUUCUGCAAUCCCCAUUAUUUAGGACCUGACGUUCAGCAUAUAUUGAUGAAGAGAAAUGAUGACGACGCCAGAGCUCAGCAAGCCCGUCGAGCUUUAGAUACUCCUGAUUCAGGGAUGGACAACCCUCCAUUUUGUGCAGAGGAUGGUGUAGAAUUGAUGGCUCUUCCUGUUAGAAAAACAAGGGCCCGUAGUGCUGGUCGUGGUGAUGGACAGAGCAGGUUACCCUUGUUUGUUUAUAUUCUUGGCGGUAAAGAACAACAAGCAUCGGUAUUUCAAAAACCACUUUCGGUUUGGAGAUUGCAACUGUAAAACAAAGUUAUUAUUUAGUUUUUAACUA